AUGGAGAUGGAGGAUGUAGGCGAGGUGCCGGGCUCCCCCCGGGAGCUGCCCGCGCUGUACUUCUCGGGCGGCCGGGAGCAGCUGGCGGCGCGGGCGGAGGCGCUGCCCGCCGUCCCGCGGGAGGAGUUCACCCUGGAGCUCUGGGUGAAGGCGGAGGGCGGACAGAGCAACCCGGCCAUCAUCGCAGGCGUCUUCGACAACUGCUCGCACACGGCCAGCGACAGGGGCUGGGCACUGGGCAUCCGUGCCCUGCAGCUCGGUGGGAAGAAGGACGCCCGCUUCUUCUUCUCCCUCCGCACGGACCGGGCGGCCACCGCCACCGAGGUGACCUCCUACCACCGCUACCGCCCCGAGGCGUGGACACACCUGGCCACCAGCUAUGACGGGCGCUGGAUGGCCCUCUACGUGGACGGGGUGCGGGUCGGCCGUGCCGGCGGGCAGGAGGGACCCCUGCACAGCGCCUUCAUGUCCUCCUGCCGCACGCUGCUGCUGGGGGGGGACGCCUGGGGCACCGCACACACUUUCCGGGGACACCUGGCCGGGCUGGCCCUGUGGCGUGGUGCCCUGCCCCAAUCCCACCUCCAGCGUCCCUUCCUAGAGGAAGUGGCCGAGGGGGUGGCAGGGCUGGCUCUGGCCGCGGGCUUCGCCACCCCGGAGGAACGCUGGGUGCCCUUUCGGGAGGGCGCCUUCCCCCAGCAGUGGGUGCUGCUGUCCCCACCACCUCCCGUCCUGCGGCCACUGGGCCCCCCCGGGUGCGGGCAGACUGCCUGCGACAACGUGGAGCUGGUCUCCCACUACAACCGGCACUGGCCGCUGCGGAGCUGGAAGGUGGUGCGGUACCGGGUGGUGAACCUGGCGGAGGACGACGGCGGGCGGCCGACGGUCAGCUGGGAGCAGAUCAGGCGGCAACACCGGGCGCUGAGCGAGGCUUUCCGGCCCUACAACAUCUCCUGGCAGCUCAGCUUGCUGGAGGUGCACAACUCCUCCCUGCGCCGCCGCGCCGUCCUCCUGGGCUGCGAGCCCAGCAAGGUGGGCAACGAGCGCUGCGACCCCGAGUGCGAGCACCCCCUCACCGGCUACGAUGGCGGGGACUGCCGGCGGCCCGGCCGCUGCUUCUCCUGGAAGCGCCGCGACGGCGUCUGCCACAUGGAGUGCAACAACGUGUUGGACGACUUCGAUGACGGCGACUGCUGCGACCCCUGGGCCACCGACGUGGCCAGGACCUGCUUCGACCCUGACUCGCCCCAUCGGGCGUACAUGAGCGUGAAGGAGCUGAAGGAGGCACUGCAGCUCAACAGCACCCACUUCCUCAACGUUUACUUCGCCAGCUCCGUCAGGGAAGAGUUGGCUGGUGCUGCCACUUGGCCAUGGGAUAAAGAGGCCCUUAGUCACCUGGGUGGAGUUGUCCUCAACCCUGCCUACUAUGGCAUGCACGGCCACACCAACACCAUGAUCCAUGAGGUGGGACACGUCCUGGGGCUGUACCAUGUCUUUAAGGGAGUGAGCGAGCGGGAAUCCUGCGAUGAUCCCUGCAGGGAGACAGCUCCCUCUAUGGAGACGGGAGACCUCUGUGCUGACACUGCCCCCACCCCAAAGAGCAAACUCUGCCGGGAUCCAGACCCUGCCAACGACACCUGCGGCCAGACGCACUUCACAGGGACACCCUUCAACAACUACAUGAGUUACACAGAUGAUGACUGCACCAACUCCUUCACCCCCAACCAAGUGGCCCGGAUGCAUUGCUACUUGGACCUGGUGUACCAGCGCUGGGGGCACGGCAAGAAGCCGGCGCCCAUCCCGAUCCCUCCCAUGGUCACGGGGCAGACACAGGACUCCCUCAGCAUCUACUGGCUGCCUCCCAUCAGUGGUGUCAUCCACGAGAGGGAGCAGGACACGCUCUGUGACAGCUGUGCAGAGGAUGGCACCUUCCGACAGUAUGUGCACGAGGCCUCUUCCCCUCGGGUCUGCGACUCCUCCGGCUACUGGACCCCAGAAGAAGCAGAAGGCCCCCCGGAUGUGGAUCAGCCCUGUGGGCCCAGCCUGCAGGCCUGGAGUCCGGAGCUCCACCUGUCUGACAUGAACAUGACGGUGCCGUGCCCCCAGCCCGACGGCUGCAUCCUGGAGCUGCGCUUCCUGCACCCCGUCUACCCCGACUCCCUCACCCUCUGGACCACGUACCUCUCCACGGGCUCUCCCAAGGCGCUGUCUGACAUUGAAAUCCUGACAGAGCAGGGGGAGUCCAUCCACCUGGGGCCCCUGGACACCUUCUGCGAUGUCCCCUUUACCGUGAAGCUCAACAUCCCCAAAAAGAUGUCCGGAGUCAAAAUCUACACCUUUGACGAGAGGAUGGAGAUCGACACGGCCCUGCUGACCUCCAUGCCCCACAGCUCCCUCUGCUCCUCCUGCAGGCUGGUGCAGUACCGGCUCCUGAGGGACCCCCCGUUUGCAGGCGGGUCCCCCGCUGCCCCUGUGCAGCUGCAUCGCCAGUUCAUCGACACGGAAGUCACACCUGGGCACGUGUACCACUACCAGGUGCAGGUAGUCUCUGGGACAACCUUAGGAGAAGCCUCCCCACCGCUUGUCCAUGUCCACGGAGCACCCUACUGUGGGGAUGGGAAGGUGACCACGAGCCUGGGGGAGGAAUGUGAUGAUGGGGACUUGCUGGAUGGAGAUGGCUGUUCCAGGAAGUGUAAAAAGGAAAAAGGCUUCAACUGUGUUGGGGAACCAAGCCUGUGCUACGUGCAUGACGGGGACGGUGUGUGUGAGCCUUUCGAGAGGACAAGCAGCAUUCUGGACUGUGGUCCCUACACUCCUGAUGGAUACCUGGAUCUGUGGGCAGUGAGAGCCUAUGCCUCCCAUCAGGAUGUGAAGUCCUGCCCUGCUUCCUUGGUCACUGGAGAGCCUGUUGUGAAGGUAUGUAAAUCCCACCUUCACGAUGUGCCAAAGGACCUUUUACAGGCUGCUUGGUUCCCAUGUGCUCCCAGCCAAGAGAAUGCUCAGGAUCCAGAUGAGGAAAAGACGCCCUUGGGUGAUGAGGGAGUUUGGCUCAAGGUUUGCUUUGAGAGACCUGCAGUGCCCACCUCCCUCCUGCUCUUCCUGGCCUCCUCCGGCACUGUCCCAAGCCGGCAGCGCAAGCCGAUGGUCACUGUCCAGCUGACUGACACAGACGGAUGGAACCACUCUCUGGGGAUGUACGAGCUGUCGUGCCAGCACAACCCGCUCGUCGUCAACGUGUCCCGUGGCCAGGAGGACCCAUUCCGCCCGGUUGCUUCGGUGCUUCUCAACUUCUCUUCCCCUCUCGUGGGCGUUGCAGCUGUGGCCUUGCGGACCCCAGCUCAGCCUGGCUCCUCUGGCCCCACCACCUGCCUCCUGCAGCACGAGGAGGGCUGUGGCCAGCAGUGCUACAGCUGUGCCCACGGUGCCUGUGUGGGGUCAGGAAGCUGCACACAACCAUUGCUUGCUCACGCUGCCACCCUGAACUGCACAUCGGAUGGGCCGGGGCACAUGGUGUGCGCUGUCACCUGCCAGAGGGGCUUUGUCCCCCGCUCCAGCAAUGGGAAGAGCUUGGGCCUCACCCAGGAGGUGGUGCUGAUGUGCAGCUCGGGACGGUGGGACAGAUCUGUGACUUGUGACCCCAUCGACUGCGGUGUCCCUGACCAGUCCCACGUGUACUAUGCUGAGUUCUCCUGCCCCAUGGGGACCACCUACCUGCAGAGAUGCUCCUUCUCCUGCAUCCACCCAGCCAAGCUUCAAGGAACGAACGAGUGGCUGACCUGCCUGGAGGACGGUCUCUGGUCGCUGCCCGAGGCCUACUGCAAGCUGGAGUGCGACGCGCCGCCCGCCGUGGCCAACGCCAAGCUCCUGGUCCCUCGGUGCCUGCAGGGGAACCACGACGUGGGCUCGGUCUGUCGCUACAAGUGCAAGCCUGGAUACCACGUGGCUGAGAACGCGGUGGACAAGCCCAAGAGGAAGUUCCUGAAGAUCCAGUGCCUGGAGAGCGGGCAGUGGGAAGAAGGUCGCUGCGUCCCCGUGGUGUGUGAGCCCCCACCUCCUGUUUUUGAGGGCAUGUACAACUGUACCCAGGGCUUUGAGCUGGACAGCCAGUGCGUGCUCAACUGUGAGCCACAGGGACAGCAGGUUCCCAUCGUCUGCACCAAGGAAGGCUCGUGGACAGAGGAGUUCAGACUGUGUGAGAGCUUGUGGGGCACCUGCCCUCCACCCCCGGAGCUGAACUUUGUGGAGUACAAGUGUGAGCAGGGGCAUGGAAUAGGUGCUGUGUGCACACCCUCCUGUGUCAUCCCUCCCAGUGACCCCGUCAUACUGCCCAAAAAUGUCACUGCUGAGACAAUGGAUCACCGGCUGCAACCCACCAGAGUCCAGAACAUUGUGUGCACGGGCAGGCUGCGGUGGUACCCCGACCCCUCCGCCAUCCACUGCAUCCAGUCGUGCGAGCGUUCCUGCGAGUCGCCAGCCUGGGCAAACCUCCCUUCUCCCACCCCUGGAGCUGAUUUCUGCAGAGCCACAUGUCUGAAGCGCAGGCCCUUCCAAGCAGACGGCUGGUGUGACACCAUCAACAACCGGGCAUACUGCCAGUAUGACGGUGGGGACUGCUGCGCCUCCACACUGUCCUCCAGGAAGGUGAUCCCGUUUGCUGCUGACUGCGACCAGGACGAGUGCACGUGCCGUGACCCGGCGGCCGAGGAGAACCAGUAGCGGCACCAGGAAGGGCCUCUCUCGGUCAGGCGAGCGCCGGAGGAGCGAAGGGGCAGCACCGGGGGCCGCUGGGGAGCGGCGGGAUGUGAGGGGGCAGGAGGCCACGGAAGAGCCAGGCGGGGAUGUGGCGGCUGCGCACGGAAGGGAAGGAUCGAGGCCACCGAGGAGCCCAGGAGGGCAGAGCGGUCCCCUCCCCAAAGCUGCUCCCUCCCGAACCCCCUCGAGGGGCUCAGCCAGGGGUCCGGUGCCGCUUCAGCCACACGCUGAGCUGGGGUCCACGCCGAGAGCCCAGGUGCUGCCAUGGGUGUUUGUCCUGGUCCAGCACCUGGGUGUCUGUCUUUGCUCUGGAUUUUGUCACUAUUCACCCCCCUCUGCUGUACAGGCUUCUUUUAGCAAGGUCGAGGUAGUUGUGAUCUCUCUGCAAAUAUUUAAACUUAAUUAUAUCUAUAUACAUAUAUAUAAUAUAUAUAUAAAUAUAUAUUAUAUUUUCUUUGCUCUUGAUGAAGCUGAGAAAGGAUAUCCUUUGUCACACACCCAUGCUGCUGUGAAGUACAAACCAUUGGGAAAAGCGCAGGUCAGGGCGGGAGGAGCAGGCAAUUUCCCCUUCCUUGCUGAGGGGGAGCUGGAAGGAGGACAGAGAGAAGCCAAACACCCAGGCCAUGCCAGGAGAGAGCUCCCCAGGCAUGAAGGCUCCCACCUGAAGGUGGUUUGGGCAUCUUGCAGGCACCAAGUUUUGCCCUUGGGAUUUGCCAAUGCUUUGCCUUGCUCUGCUUAGAGCCCUGGAUCAGGAUUCUGGGGUUGAGAAAAACACUGCUGUGCCAUUGAAUCACCCCAGCGAGCACAAUGGACUCCAAGGGCACCACAGGCAUCCACCAGACAUUAUUUCAAAGCCCUCUGGGAAAGGGUAUGUGUCCAUGAGGUCACUGCAUGGUCAGUAGGAGCAGACUCACCACAGUCCUCUGCCUCGCUGCCCCGGCC